AUGCAGAGCUUCGAUACAUGGGGUGGCGGUGGAGGUGGCGGCGAGGGGGGCGGGGGUGUGCUUGGUGCAGUAUGCAUGUUGAUGGUGAGGCUACUGUCCUGCGGGCGUCGGGGUACCAAGCUGGCGCCGAUGGACGUGACGCUGGACGAGGAGACCGAGGAGCUCGUGGAGAUUCUUCAAGUCUCGAAGGCCCACCUCGCAAAGCUCCGAGGGAUCUUCGAGAGCAUCGAUGUCGGCAACACCGGGACCGUCUUCUGUUACGAGGUGCUGUCGGCGGUGGGCAUAGCGCAGUCUCCCUUCACGGACAACCUCUUCCGAUUGGUCGGGGUUCACCCGGAAGGGUCUCUGUCGUUUUGCCAGCUCUGUCGGAUCUUGAUGACCUACUGCGUCUUCUCCAAGGAGGAUAUCUUGCUCUUCUUGUUUCGGCAGUACGACACGGACGAUAGCGGAGCCAUCGACGAGAGCGAGUUUCGCGAGCUGGCCAAGACGGUCAACAACGCAUCGCCGAUGUUUCCGGGAAAUUUCGCCAAGGCCCUGCUCGACUUUGAUACCAAUUCGGACGGCCAGAUCGACUUUGAGGAGUUCCGGGCGAUGGACAAAGCAUUCCCCUUGCUCUUUUUCCCCGCGUUCAGGCUUCAGGAUUCCCUGCAAAAGUUCUUCCUAGGGAGCACUUUCUGGGUAAAGGCGCAAGAAGGCGUCCUAGCCCGACAAGGCGCUGCGGAGUAUCAGGCUACCCAUGGCGGCAGGACCCUGGACAAGCGCGGGAGGCAAGGACGAUGAUGACGAACAGGCGGGGGCCAAAUCGAGCAUAGAUUUUGCAGACCCCUGCCCGGGAUAAAAACAUCUCGAAUUUUUGUUUGCGUAUGUGGGUACGAGAUGUGAAAUCGACGAUUGCGCCUGGAAGACGUGCGGGGAAAAGAUGGUACGAACGAAUGUUGGUUAUCGCACGGAGCGGGUGAAAGCCAGAUGUGCACAUGCAGGAAUUGGUCAGCGAGUGCUAUCAAAUAUUCAUGGUAUGCGGGAGCUCUUGAGGUCAGCGAGCGAAGGGGGCGAGGGAGUUCUGGAGGGAGUGCAGAAUCGACAUC